GCAAGAAUACCUAAAUAUUAGGAAAAUAAAAUUGUGUGCGUGUGGGCACUGGGCUUAAUUGGCUUGAGUAUGACUCUAAGUUUAAACUCUUUAAUAAAAGCCACUGGGCAAAGCAGUCAAAAGUGUGAAAUAGACUACUGUACCACGGUGUAAACAGAAUACUGAUUUAAAAUAAAGAAAAUAUUUUAUUGACAAGCAAGAAUAUUUAUAAUAAUAAUUGUAAACCAAUUUCGUAAAAAUGGCCUCAACAUCAGAAUUGCAGAAAGCAUUUCACAUUUAUAUCACACAUUUGGAUGGAGUUGGUCAUUUUUUAAAAAUAAGUGGACAAUUGGAUCAUCAAUCUUCGUUGAUGGUGGAAUCGCUGUUUGAAGCAGCUCGGGAGGACCUCGAAAAAGGUGUAGGAUCAGCACCUCCGGCAGCUAUUCGUGAGGGUAUCAUUUGUGCCGCCAAAUACAAAGAUGGGACGUACUAUAGAGCGAAAAUUAUUAAUACAUCCAACAUUACCACUGGAUUAAUUGGAGUGCAUUUUAUUGAUUUCGGCAAUAAAGAUAUUAUUUCGCUGAGCACAAUACGUUUUUUAGAUAAAUACGAUCCUCUGUUUUUACAAAUACCUGGUCAAGCUACUGAUUAUUAUUUGGCUAGGCUUAUGCAAGCAGCAGGACGUUGGGAAGAGCCCCUUCUAAUGAAACUACAGAGCUCAGUUUGUUAUGCUGAAUAUCCAGCUACAAUAGAAGCACAAACAAAGAGUCUACCCUUAAUUGCAAUCCAAUUCAAAGGUACUGAUUUAGCAACACAUAUUGCAGCUAAUAGAUUGGGAGCCUUUGUACCACUGCCUAGGCAAGAAGUGAUGUUAUCACAAAUGACAGAAAAUCAAGUAGGUUCCAAUUGGUCUCCAAGUGUACUGAUUGAAUCACCAUUAACUGAACAUGUACCAUUUCUAAUUAAUCAGAACUUUCCAAACCCGGCCACAGCAAUGAGAUUAAAUCAGCAAAUGACAUUACCAUAUAAUGUACCAUCCAAACCAUCCUCUAUAAGCCAAAGGCUUAUAGUUAACCGGGCAUCUAGAAAUGCUGUGAACCUCCGUGCACCAGGGCGGCAGCUUCAACAUAUCACAGCCGAAAAUCCACAACCAACAGUGACAGCCAUACCACCACCUAAGGUUGUGGCAUCAAAACCAUCACCUCCAAAAAAAUCUACAACUUAUAAGAGUAGACUUCUGGAAGUUAACUCACAACAUUAUGCAUUUGUGUCAUAUGCAGAAGAAGGUCCUGAAUUAUUUGCAAUCCAAUUGGUUUCCGAUACAAAUGAAUUUCAAGAUAUGAUGGAUGAAAUAAAUCGCAGGCCACAUAAAAGUUUGGCAGAGCCACCAAUGAUUGGGACAGUAUGUCUUGGAAGAAUGUCUGGUGACAGAAUUAUAUGUAGAGCAAUUGUCAUGAAUCUCUCAGGGUCGCAGUGUAAACUUUUCUUUGUUGAUUUUGGAGACACAGAAAUGGUGUCCUACUAUGAUAUUUUUGAUAUACCUGAAGAGUUUGUGAAGCCAUAUGUGUUUGCAAUGAGGUUUUGCUUAUCAGGAGUGAAGAAACUAGAGAAGAGCCCCCACUUAAAUGAAACAUUUAAGCAGCUUGUAAAUGGAAAAAAGUUAACAUUAAAAGUUGUGGCACCAGAGGGCCCACCUUUGAUUCAAUAUGGAGAGCUAUAUUUGGAUAAUAAGAAUGUUCUAGAAUUAUUAAUGGCAAACAUGAAAGACAAGUUGCAGUUCAAGUGGACAGAAAUGUUAACCCUUGGGACAAGACACUCAGUUCUUGUUUCUUAUGUAGAUAGUUGUACAAAAUUUUAUGUCCAAAUAUCUGAGAAAUUAAAUGAGUUGAAUGCUGUGAUGAAGGCGGUGAAAACCCACUGUGAGAAUAGUUCUUCUCCUGGUCCUCUGCCCGAUGGAGCUGUGUGUUGUGCUAGAUUCCCUGAUGAUGACAACUGGUACAGGGCAAUGGUACGACAUACUCAAGGUGAACAAGUGGUUGUAGCAUAUGUGGAUUAUGGAAACGAACAAGAAGUUAAUGUUUCCGAUCUGAGAACUAUUACACCGGGCUUGAUUCAGCUGCCUGCUCAAGCUUUGAAGUGUGCACUGAAGGGUUUUGAGAAUAAGCCAGUGGAAACCAAGACCUCGAAUCAAUUGGAAAUGCUUGCCCUGGAGAAGACAUUGACUGCAACUGUAGUUGGUGUUCUGUCUAACGAUACAAUGUUGGUGUCUCUGGUGGAUGACACUGUCAGUCCGCCAUUAGAUAUUGCGAGGAGGAUGAACCAGCUGUCUCAACCAAGGGGCAAUACUCAUCACGAGAAAGCAACAACACCAGUACAGAAAGACAACAGCGAUAGCAUCAGCUCACCAGAAGGUAGCGUUCCGGACGACCCUCGCAAGACCGGUUUCUGGAAGGAGAAGAGUUUCAGAGAUGAGAGGAAACCGAGAGAGGACGGUUUUGGGCAGAGGGGAAGCAGCUUUCGCGGGAAGGAUCACAAGGAUGGUUUCGAUAGAUCGGCGCCGGGACGCCACAGCGACAAAUUCGCCAAGCCCGAGAGACAAGAUAGACGUGGCAAGCCCACGGAGAACCAGACACCGAACCCCGUGCCCACCGGCGACGACUGGGAGGAAUCUCCGCAGCCUCAGAUACAAUCUCCACCACUGCGCCAGAACCGAGACAACCAAAGGGAAAGGUUAGUGUCGAGAAGUGGCGCCCGUUCGUCGACCACAAUAUGGCAGUGAUCCUAGAGAUUUUACGCCAAGAGAAAGCCCUCCCUGAGCAUUCUCGCCCGACGUAUUUCGCUAAUCACCGAGGUCAAUCCUAGCAAAAAUACCAGGGCACCCCAUUUCACACUUUAUGUGAAGUUUCGGGACAUGAAUUCACAUGUGGGAUGUUCAUUACAAAUCGAACACCGUCCAUCAAUACCUUAAGACGUCGCAGAAACGAUCACGACAACGAUCGCCCAAUCUCAAUAUCAACAAAAGGUUUGGCACUGCUUGUUGUUUUUGCUUAUAUUCUAUAAUGUAAUGUAAACUCAACUAAAUCGCAUUAUGUACCCCAAGAUGCAUUUGAAAUAUACGUGGAAGAUUCUAAAGAAGAUGGGGUCUUCUAAUAACGGUUCCAUCGCAUGUUACAAUUCUCCAAAAGAAACGAAGACUAUUUUGAAAUACAUUCCUUAAUCAUUUUUGUGUGACCUACAUUAAAAAUAAUAUAUAAUAUACUUUCGGCAAAUAAUGAAUUAUCGUUUAAACGUCUGUUUGUACCGAUAUGUAUCGUAAUUUUAAUAGAACGUGGUUUCUUGCAACGUUUUUUUUUUGUAAUAAAUAGGUUCAAGCAAUUUUUAUUUCGGCAAUUUGACAAGGUUUGAUACUG